AUGCUGCUGCUGUUGCGCGGCGCGGCGGCGCUGCUGCUGCUGGUGGCGUGCAGCGCGUCGGACCCCCUGAUUAAUGGGGAGCAGUCGCCAUCCAAGUACUGGGGGCCAGGCGACAUAGAUUACGCGGUGAUGAACUUCGCAGACCCGCCGCCGGCCAACCCACCGCCGGUGCCCGACGUCGUGUUUGGGCCGGCCCAGCAGGGCUUGGACUACCGCAACUACCGCCCUGACCGCCCCGGUAUCACUACCACCAAGGCGAAGCGCGAGCUAGCCCGCAAGAAGGCCGCCGCACGCGCGUCUGCGGCAGCCAGGAGGGCGGACGCGGGGAUCCAGGGGCUGAUCUCGCGCCGGCGGCGCGGGCUGCGCGCGACGCCGUUCCGCUCGGCGUCCGACGCGGCCGGCGGCAACGCCACGGUGGCGGGCGGCGGCGGGCGCACGGACGCAAGCGGCGGCCACGGCGGCGGCUAUGGCUUUGGCGGCAUCGGCCUGGCCCGCAAGAUCACCGGACGCAACAUCGGAUUCGACGGCAUCGGAGUUCCCGAGACUCGGCUGAUCCCCGAGGAUCUCAGCCUCGCAGUCGGCAACACCGCCGCGAUCCACACGGCAAACAGCAUGAUCAGGUUUUACAGGGUCGACAUUACCGGGAAAAAGGGCAAGCACGGCUUCAUCAACAACCCGAAGGACACCAGCUCUUACCUGAAGCAAGUGUGGACUGCCGACUUUUUCUAUCCGGUCACCCGGCGCCUGGACGGCUCCAACGGCUGCACCCUCGGUGUGUACGCGGCCGCCGUGGCUUACGACAAAUGGGUCGGCCGCUACAUGAUAUCUGCCAUCUGCAACGACGUGCUGCGGCCGCGGAUCCUGCUGGCGGUCUCUACUGUCGACUCUGUCACCGACUACUGGACGCAGUAUGCCGUCUCGGCCGACAACACCGACACGAGCUGGGACUGCGCCAACGGCAAGCGCGCGUUCCCCGAUUACAGCCAGGUUGGCUACAACCGCGAUGGCAUAUAUGUGACCUGGGUGGCAAUCUGCAGCGAAGAGGUGGCCAGCAACGACCAAGUCCAGUCCAGCGCCAUGAUCUACGCGUUCCCCAAGUGGGCCGUGUACGGGGGCAACAACCCGACCCUGAUUAUGAAGCAGUUUUACGUGCCGGUCUUCACGGGGCAAGAUCUGUGCCUGGCGGUCCGCGACCAGGCGCCCUUCCGCCUGCCGACCGGCGGCGACUGCGGCAGCGCGUUUGUGCAGCUGCAGCCGGUGAUGCCGCAGACCGCCAUGGACGUCAGAGCGGGGGAGACCUUCUUUGUGCUGGACUUCCAAUACGACCAGCUGUCCCGCCGCAACUUCCUGCUCGUCGCCCUGAUUGCGACCGGCACCCUUUGGGACAAUGACGGGUUUGGCACCCCUGAACCCUAUAUCCUUGGGCGCUACGUAGACAGGGGGGAGGAGGCAUACGUGGGGGACGACGUCUUCCUUCUGCAGGCGAGCGCGGCGCUAGGGGGCGGGCGACCCGCGCAAGCCAUCUUGACGGCCUUUGUCUUUGCGGCCACACCGCAGAACGCGGCCACGUUCAGCGCAGUGCCUGAUUUGGAUGCCGGCGCGGUCAACCCUCGCGGCUACUGGAACGGAGGGGCGGCCUGCUGCCCUGCUGACAAGGCCCCAACGACGCGCCUCGCAAACUUCCGCUUGCAGGCAGCCUAUGCCAACGGCCGCAUCUACAUCGCCGACAGGACUGAUGUGAUCGACCCACCAGUCCCCCCAGGUUCCACAACCGACAUCUACAACCCCCGGCCUGCAAUCUACUGGGCAUGGGUGCAGCCGACGUUCACGGCAUAUGGGGAGUGCGCCUGCUACUGGAACUUCAAUUGGGGAUAUGGUUUCGGCUGGAUCUGGGACAAGGGGUGCUAUAACCCCAUCACAGGGACGUACACAGCGGGCGGGGGCGGUUACUACACGAGGAGUGGCAGGAAUCUGCAGGGGACGAUCAUGAGGGACCAGGCGACGGCGCCAACCGCGGCAGAGCGGGACCGAAGCACCGUGGUGACGUACAGCGACGCCGGCGGCGCCGGCGCCGGCGGCGCGGGCGGCAGCGGCGCGCAGCGGGGGUACGGCGGCGGCGUCAGCAGCGGAGGCGGCGGCGCCGCAAGUUCAGGCAGGCAGGUCUCCACGAGCUCAAGCAGCGGCGGCAGCUGGGCGGAGCAGGGCGCGGCGCCGCGCGCGCGGCGCACGCCCAACGUCGUCUACAGCGCGGCCGCCGGCGCCGUGGAGCACACCAUCCGGACGCAGGCGCCGCCGGGGUCGCGCGUCAUCGUGCCGCCAGCUGGCGAGACAGAAGCGGCGGCGCUCGACGCAGAGCAGCUGACGCCGGACCAGUGGGCGGCGGCCCAGGAGGCGGCAGCCAAGGGGACCGGGUCCUGGGACUCCAGCGGGCAGAUCAGCGCGAGCGGAAAAGAGUCUCAUAAAUACAGGGAUGUGUACAUGGCGGCGGCUUACUAUACCCCACAGGCCAGCACGUGGCGGGUCGACAUCCGCUGCCGGUUUGACUUUUUGUGGAACGUCAAGAAUAAGGUGUCACUGCUGGCUACGGUCAUCAAGAGCGGCGUCAUCACUUAUGGAUCUGGGGCGGGGCAGCAGGAGGCACCCCUGGGCCUGGCCUACCCCCAGGUCGCCGUCAGGGGCGGCACCAUGCUCGUCACCUACACUUUCAGCUCGUUCGCAAACCUGCCUGCCCAAGCCAAGCGGAUGCCGGCCCCAGUCGACGCCAAGCAGGCGGCCGGCCCGGCGCCGUUCAUCCCCGGGACCCUGUACCCCGAUUCGCCCGCGUAUGCAGGCGUUGCGUACUCGGUGAUCAACGCCGAGGACGCUGCUACCCAGGUUACCAUCGCGUGGCAGAACGACCCCUCCUACGGCCCAAUCAUACAGAACGACCAGCGCUUCGGCGACAGCGCCGGCAUCGACAUACACCCGCUGAGCGGGCGCGUGUGGUCAGCCAAUCUGUACGUUUGGGCGCCCGCGUGGACGGUGGACGGGUCGACGGUGAUCAGCAACGCGGGCGCCAGGAUCACAAUCUUCAGCUGA